CAAAAAUAGGUUUUUCCAAUUUCUGAAAUACAGUUUGCUCUUUGCUUUCAAGUUCAUGGUGAGGUAUAGUGAGGUGACCAAUAAAGAGCCAAUUUGGUGUAGUGGUCAAGGCAUCAGGCUAGAAACUGGAAGACGGUGAGUUCUUUUCUUAAAUGUGUGCCACUGAUGCAUCUUUCUUUUCUUCGAACAGGGAGCCCUUGGCCAAGACAGACAACUACAAGCCAACACAGGAAGAAGGAGGAAGACUGAUGGCAGAAGACAAGAAGCAGAAGCCUGGACAGGUAAAGAUUUCAGCAUUCCUGACUUACCUGAGAACAGCAGGGUCGUUCUUCUGGGUUUAUAUUGUACUGCUGUUUGCCUGCCAGCAAGUUUUCUCAUUCUGCCGUGGCUACUGGCUCAGCCUGUGGGCCAAUGACCCCGUUUCCAAUGGGACACAACCUCAUACCCAGCUCCGCGUGGGCAUCUUUUUUCUCCUAGGAGUCACGCAAGCCAUUGGGAAAUUUGGAUCGGUUGCUGCGGUGUUUUUGGCUGGGGUCGUGGCUUCCCGUAAGCUCUUCCAGCACCUCCUGUUGGAUGUCCUCCAGUCUCCAAUGAUCUUCUUCGAGCAGACUCCCAGCGGUAACCUACUCAACCGUUUCUCCAAGGAGAUGGACGCAAUUGAUUCCAUCAUCCCAGAUAAGCUGAAAUCUUUGCUGGGCUUCCUGUUUAACCUUCUGGAGAUCUACAUUGUGAUUAUGGUGGCCACACCGAUGGUUUUAGUGGCUAUUUUGCCUCUGUCAGCUUUAUACGUUGCUUUUCAGGUCUUUUUUGUCACCACCUCCUGCCAACUGAAACGCUUGGAAGCCGGAAGCCGCUCACCCAUCUACUCCAACAUCUCGGAAACCUUUGAAGGGAGCAGCCUCAUUCGUGCAUUCAGAGCCCAGCAGCGCUUUAUUGUCCAGAAUGAUGUCAAUGUAGAUGAAAACCACAAGGUGUCCUUCCCUUCAGUGGUCGCUGACAGAUGGCUUGCCACUAACAUUGAGAUUCUGGGGAACACCAUUGUUCUCUUUGCAGCUUUACUCGCCGUGGUAUACAAACCCCAUCUCAGUCCUGGCCUGGUGGGCUUUUCCAUCUCCUGGGCUCUUCAGAUCACUGGCGUUUUGAAUUGGAUGGUGCGUGCCUCAGCGGAACUUGAUAACCACAUCAUGUCUGUGGAAAGAGUGAGAGAUUAUUCACAGACCCCCAAAGAGGCUCCGUGGAGUUUGGAGAAUCAUUUCCAAGGUGUCAGUUGGCCCACUGAAGGGGCAAUUGAAUUCAGAGGCUAUAGCUUGCGAUACAGGCCAGAAUUGAGUCUAGCUCUGAAGAAUAUCAACCUAAAGAUCAAACCGCAAGAGAAGGUGGGCAUUGUUGGAAGAACAGGGGCUGGGAAAUCGUCCCUUGCCAUGGGGCUUCUAAGACUUGUGGAAGCUGCUGAUGGAGAGAUUGUGAUCGAUGGAAUCAACAUUGCCCAAAUGGGCCUGCACAACCUGAGAAGCAAGAUUACGAUUGUCCCACAGGACCCAGUCUUGUUUGGGGGUUCUGUGAGAGAGAACCUUGAUCCCUUGAAUCAAUGCUCAGAUGAGGACAUCUGGUCUGCUUUGGAGCAGACCCAACUCAAGACCUUUGUUUCAGAUUUGCCUGGUCAGAUGGCCUAUGAGUGCUCUGAAGGAGGUGGAGAUCUCAGUGUUGGUCAACGGCAACUCAUCUGCCUGGCUCGGGGUUUACUUCAGAAAGCCAAAAUCCUGAUUCUGGAUGAGGCCACUGCAGCUGUGGACCUUGAAACAGACCUGCAGAUUCAGGCUACCAUAAGGAGUCACUUCAAGGGGUGCACAGUUCUGACCAUCGCCCAUCGAUUAAAUGCCAUGAUGGAAUUUGACCGAAUUUUAGUGAUGGAAAAUGGACAAGUGGCCGAAUUCGAUACCCCAGAAGCCCUGACGGUCCAGAAGGGACUAUUCUACAAAAUGGCGGCAGACUCAGGGCUGGUGAGGUGACCGAGUUGGAAGAAGAAACAGACUGCCUGGCUGCUUUGUUUGAAAAAGGACCUUUGCUUAAUUUUCUGGCUGUGAGCAGGGAGAGCUCAAUGCUUGGCUUGGGAAACGACUGAUGCUUUCUCUUGCUGCGCAAGUGAGGAGCAGAUGGAGAACAGAAGCCCGAAUCUCCCCAGCUUAAUUUCAGCAUGAUACUUUGCUGUACCACAGCGCCGAAGCCAGCAUGCAUGAACCAUGAUCCGUGCUGCGAGCUGCACCACACCUGGCUCGAGCAGAUGUUGUCCCUGCCAGCCGAAAACACUGCACAGAUGGUUGCCAGGACGCAUUGCAAUGGCCUGUAUUUUGGUGUGAUCGUGUCAAAGAUGUCGUCCAUUUACUCAUAAUCUCUUUCGCUGCCCCUGCUGCUUUUGUCCCCAGUUUAAAGCAACGCAAUUGCAAGAAAUGGUACGUGCUAAACUGGUAUGCAAAGCCAAUUAUUUGUAUCCUGCUGGAGACUGGUUGAAAUAUCCGAACAUCAGAAUGACAGAGUUGGAAGGGAACCUUGGAGGUCUUCUAGUCCAACCCACUGCUUGAGCAGGAGAGCCUAUACCACUCCAGACAAAUGGAAGUCCAGUGUCUUCUUAAAAAUCUCCAGUGAUGGAAC